AUGGCGGCGAGAAAAAGAAAUGUGCUCGAUUAUCAACAAUUGGAUUCUUUGUCCUCAGUGGUAUUGUACGACACACCGCGGAAAAAGAGAAAGGUUCUUCCGAGGAAAUACAGCGUGGAAAGAAUAAUUUCUAAGCGAAAGAUCAAAGGCGUAAGUAUAAAGUUAAUAUUUUUAUUUUCAGUCCUGUUGUCUUUUCACUUCAUAUUAAUACUAUAAUACAGACGAAGGUUCUUAGCUCGUAAUGUCGAUGUUCUUGUUAGAUUAUCUUCAUCGAGCAAGAAUUUUUGUAAAGAAUCUACCCAAGCAAGCACCCCAUGUGUCUACUCCUCUAUAUUAAAAUACUCCAACACUAAGCUGUUAUUUUCAAAUUAGGAAUACGAGUAUUUAAUAAAAUGGGAUGGCUGGCCGCUUGCAGCCUGUUCAUGGGAACCUUCAAGCCAUCUUGAUGAAGAGUUAUUGAGGUAAAAAUUACAGCUGAGCAAGGUUGUGCCAGUGGCAUGUAGUCAACAAAUUUAGUUUGUUUGUUUUAAUUUACUGUUUUGAAUAAACUUCAACUUGUAGCCAUUCUAAUGUUGUUUUUAAAACUCAAUAAAAUAAUAACAAUUGCUUUAAUUUCUAGAGGUUAUGAAAUACCACCAACACCACAUCCGGAACGAUUGGAAACAGCAUGUCGGCAGUUUUACCAGGCCAUUCCGACGAGCCUUCGAUCAAAAUCUGUGGCACCUACCUAUAUUCCAAUGGACUUGGACCUUUGGCGUUACAUUAUCCAUGGGAAAGGCAGGGAAUCAAACCACAAAGGAUUUUCAUUGUACUCAGUCAAAGAUUUGGCACAUUUGAGGCUACCAGAGCAUUGGUGGUACACCUUAGAUAAAUAUGGCCAUGGAGAGGGGCGAGGAAUACAACAGCUUAAAAUUAAACCAGUGCUUAGUUGGACUCCUAAGUACCAAAUCUUUAAAGAUGGUAAAUUGACUGACGCACCUCAAAUGCCUAUUGAGAAACUUUGUAUUGACAUUUUAGGACGUUGCUGUAACACACAUAAUUUAAAUAUAUAG